UCUCGCUCCCAACCCAACGUCUGCCUCUUUCUCUCCAUCUCCUGGAGUUCCACCUUCUAUUUGGAAUAUCCCAAGAACGAUCAAAGAACGAAAAAAGAUCUAAUUUUUCUUAUGGGCUUCGACCGAAUCCUCCCUCCCUUCCCACCUCCUCCUCCCCCUCGCGUCCCUCACUGAGAGUAGAAGCAUCCGUUUUUUCUUUUUUUUCUCCGGUAGAAGCCGAAGCUAAAGCAAGCCAUGGCCGGAAUCGCCGCUUUCCAAUUCAAACCCUUUACUACUUUGUCUCGCGCGCCGACCGCCUCCAACCCUAUCAAGCCCGUCUUCCAUGCUUUCUUUCUUGUUCGAUUGCCCAAGAAACGAGUUCGGGGUUGCCGGCCCCCUUUUGUUACCGAGGUAGGGGUGGUGGCACGGUAUGGCAGCGGUUUCCGUCCCGGCCCAAGCUCCGGUGAUUCCAGGAGGUUCCGGCGUGAUAACCGUGUCGCCGAUCCUGACUAUGAUCCCGCCCUCGAUCUUGACCGGGUCAAGUCAUCUUCUGUAAGGCUAUUGGAUGAGCAACAGAAUAUGAUUGGUGUAAUGUCUAAAAGUGAAGCCAUGCAAAUGGCAGAUGAUGCUGAUCUAGUUUUGGCAAUAUUGUCAGCAGAUGCAGAUCCUCCUGUCCUCAGACUCUUUGAGAGCGCGGAUUACAAAAAACAUAAGUAUGAACAGCAAAAGAAGAAAAAGGUGCAACAGAAAAGAUCUGCUGCAAGCCGUGUGGAUAUCAAAGAACUCAAAAUGGGGUAUAACAUUGAUUCUCAUGAUUAUUCUGUGAGGCUGAAGGCUGCUCAAAAGUUUCUUAAAGAUGGAGACAAGGUAAAAGUCAUUGUGAACUUGAGAGGCCGGCAAAAUGAAUUCAGGAACAUUGCUAUUGAACUUAUUAAGCGUUUUCAGAGUGAUCUUGGAGAGAUGGCAACUGAAGAGAGCAAAAGUUUCAGCGAGAGGAACAUUUUCAUGGUACUCAUGCCCAAUAAAGCGGUUCUACAGAAAGCUCAGGAGCAGCCAAAGAAGAAGGAAACACCAGUUACAGAAGUUUCAGCAAGUGCCUAAUUGAGUCAAGGUCGUGGUUUUGCAAUCACAUCAACAGAUAUUUUUCUUGCCUAGAUUUGAUUGGUAGGCGGAGAGAUGAUUGCAACAUAUUACGUUUGUAAAUAUUUGAGGCAAGAAAUUGUAGUAAGGUUUAUGUGCAAGGAGGCAAUGCUAAUUUAUUCUAUUAUCACCCAAAAGCCAAAUCAUUCUUGUUAUGCAAUGCACAAAUAAACUUCUGGCAAUGGUAUUGAGAAAUCUCAUGCGUUUUUCUGAGAUUGACGUAUGAUCUUCUGUAAGGUGGCCUAAGAGGACUUGAAGUUUCUGGCUAUGGACAGGGACUUCAUUCAUGCGACAGUGAAUGUAAUGUCUCGAUCAGCCUGCACUGUUGAAUUACUCUACUCUCGUCUCAUGUUUCCUUUGAUAGGGAAUUCGGCGAAUCUUUGUAAUGUUAAAUGCUGAGGCUCACAUUCUUAAUAGCAAAGUCUACUUUGAAAGACUGUACAUUAGAAGGAUAGCUGUAAUUUUUUCUUGGUAAUCUUCUUUACACAACCUAUGAAA